UAAGCUGGCUAGCUAGCUAACUGUUGGAUGUGUUAGUCCUCAGGAUGGUGAGGAACCUUGUGGCUGGCCGGUGAGAACAGAGGGCAGGCAGAGCGUGUUCAGUACACACGCGAACCGGCUGAAGACCGUUGGAGUCGUGCGUUGUAAAUCGUGUACAUAAGUUUCUGUUAUUAUUCGGGUGCAAAUGAAAGGUCAGCCGCGCGACUUGGAGCCGUUAAACCGAGCAGCGAGUGUAAAUAUCUAUAAACCAACACCGUCUGGAUUGGAACACGAAGUGACAUCAAGUGUUUUCCGCCUGUCUUUCACACAGACGGAGGCUCGACGACUCCGGUUGGGAUUUCCGAGCCGAAUACACCGCAGCAAAGCUUAAAAAACGCAAAGAAGAAAACCAACGGAACUGCAAAUUUUUCUAACGGUUUUUCGUAAAUGUAUUUUUUCAGUGGGUGUACAAAAAUAUAAUUUUGUAGACAGAAAGCCCAGUGUAAAUCUUGUGUAAUAACGUUUGUAAAAAAAAAAAAAUAGCUAUAGGAAAAAUAAGAAAUAGGUUACUGUUAUCGGUGAGUUAACGUUAGCAAACGUUAGCUAGCUAUCUGGGCAAAUCUGCUCGUUUUUUUUUUUAAAUUUGAUAUCGCUGGACUGACGAGCUACGAUGUUACAUUCGGGUUUUACUUGAAGAUAUUCACACAACAGUUUGAAAGAAAGACACUGCACCUUUCCCAGCAAGCUUGAAAAAACUGGUUUGGUGUGUGUUCCUAAGAGCUUUGAGACGUGUGGUUUACUUUCAUUAGUACUGCACCUAAGUGGAAAUAAAGAGCAUGUAGGACAAGGUGAGGAGGAAAGUGAGGACAGAAACAAUUCUCUAAGAGCUGUGUUCUAACCCUGCUGUGCUACUGUAAAGCAAAUAAUAAAAGGAGACAGGGAGGCAGACAGCAGAGGAAACGUGGGAGAGUGUCACCCGUUUGACCAAAGACGGCCUUCAGUCACUUGCAGCACUGGAUGAACAGCCUGAAAGACCAGAAGGGGUGAGUGGGUGACCACUGAAAGAGAGAGAGAGACGGGGACUGACGGAGGAGCAAAGGUUUGGAGGAGGAGGAGGACGCGGGGGAAGUCGAGGUGCAGUGGGAAAGGCCGUUCCCCAUGGCUACUGACCCAGGAGAGCCAACAGGCACUGAGGAAUCCUCUGAGAAACCUGAUGGACAGAGGGAGGACACUGAGCUGGAAGGCAGGGCCAACCCACAGAGGGAGAGGACACACAGCACCUUCUCAGACGUCUCCUCCUCCCACGCUCAGGAGAGGAAAGUGACAGGAGAAGAGGAUGGAGGUGGAGGAGGAAGAGAAGUAGGAGGAAGAGGAGUAGGGGAAGCCAGCCAGGAGGGUAAGGAGAACCCAGUCAGACCGAUUUCCUUCUCCACGCCCUGCUUACUAGUCGACACUGGCCAGAAACGACUGAGGAGGGAGAAGCGCUUCUUCAGGAAGAGUGUGGAGAUUUGUGAGGAGGACAAUGAGGUGGAGGUUCUCCCAGAGGCACCCCACAGUGCCCCCCACCUGGAGCUGCGUUCAGACUCAGUCUUCACCAGCAGUGCCCAGCAGCAAGGAGCUGCUUCAUCCUGUGCUGCCAUGGGCCAUGAUCCAUCCUUCCCCAGCUCCAGCCAGGAGCCGGGUAAGGAUGUAUCUUCCUCCGCACCCACCCAAAGGGGGAGGGAGAGGGACCGUGAGCAGGAGGAGGAGGCGGAGAUGAAGGCUGUGGCCACCUCUCCUGGAGGCCGGUUCCUUAAGUUUGACAUUGAACUGGGCAGAGGAGCCUUCAAGACUGUGUAUAAAGGCCUGGACACAGAGACUUGGGUGGAGGUGGCUUGGUGUGAACUUCAGGAUCGCAAGCUGACCAAGGCGGAGCAGCAGCGCUUCAAGGAGGAGGCAGAGAUGCUGAAGGGUCUCCAGCACCCCAACAUCGUCCGCUUCUAUGAUUCGUGGGAGUCUGUGCUCCGCGGCAAGAAGUGCAUUGUGCUGGUCACUGAACUCAUGACUUCAGGAACACUCAAAACUUACCUGAAGCGCUUUAAGGUGAUGAAACCCAAGGUCUUGAGGAGCUGGUGUCGGCAAAUCCUGAAGGGGCUUCACUUUCUUCACACCAGGACUCCUCCAAUAGUCCAUCGGGACCUGAAGUGUGACAACAUCUUCAUAACAGGCCCCACAGGCUCGGUCAAGAUAGGUGACCUGGGACUGGCCACUCUUAUGCGGACCUCCUUUGCCAAGAGUGUCAUAGGAACCCCAGAGUUUAUGGCUCCAGAGAUGUAUGAGGAGCACUAUGAUGAAUCUGUCGAUGUCUACGCCUUCGGGAUGUGCAUGCUGGAGAUGGCCACCUCAGAAUACCCCUACUCUGAGUGCCAAAAUGCUGCUCAGAUCUAUCGCAAAGUCACAAGUGGUAUAAAGCCAGCCAGCUUUGAUAAAGUGAAUGACCCAGAGAUCAAAGAGAUCAUUGAAUGCUGCAUUCGUCAGAACAAGAGCCAGAGACUCUCCAUCCGAGACCUCCUGAACCAUGCAUUUUUUGGGGAGGACACAGGGGUCCGGGUGGAGCUGGCAGAGGAGGACACAGGCACCCAGGACUGUCUGGCUCUCCGGAUUUGGGUUGAAGAUCCCAAGAAGCUAAAGGGAAAGCACAAAGACAACGAAGCCAUCGAGUUUAGCUAUGACCUGGAGAAUGAUAGCGCUGAGGAAGUGGCUUUAGAGAUGGUAAAGUCAGGAUUCUUCCAUGAGAGUGAUGCCAAGGUGGUGGGAAAAUCCAUCCGGGACCGAGUAAAUCUGAUCAAAAAGUCACGGGAGCGUCGACAGCAGCAGCUUCUCCAGCAGCAGCAAGGCUUUGAAGAAAGAAGAGACUCCACUCUCACCUCCUGCACCUUAUCUCAUCCAUCCUGCCCAUCCUCACUGGGGCCAGGGGCAGCUGGACAGACAGGAGGCGGAGGGCAUGAGUCUGAGGAGCCGCCUGAGGUUGACCAGCAUGUCCGACAGCAACACAUUUUCAGUGGGACAAACCUUAGUUUGCCAGAAGGUGAGAGCAUUGGGUCUGCCAGCUGUGAAUCCUAUGCAAGUGGACAGAGUCAGGCGUACUCUCAGCAAGGGCAAUCGUACACCCACUCCCAGACUGCUCUCCCCCCUAUAGCAUCUAGCACUGGCACAUUGGUUCAUCAUCAAAUGCUCCCAAUUGGUGAGAGUGGAAGUGUUCCAAAUGCGCCAAUUGGUCAUAGUUUUAGUAUGUCCAGCAUGUCCAUAGGCCAAAGUGGAGGGGGAUCUGUUGGUCAGACAUUUCUUCAGCCCAUUACCAUGGUUACACAGGUAUCACCAAGUCUCCAUCAACAAUAUUUUCAGUCACAAACCUUCCCAUCAGAUGCCACUCCCCAUGGGUCAUUGGCCCCCUCACAGUCAUACAUACCCCCUGUUUCACUACAAGCACCCAUUAAUGUUCGCACUACAUCUAUGUCAGUCAGGGAUCCUGCUGGACUAGAGGGGAGCAUUGUGCCCCUCGCUCAGGAGACCCAACCCCCUGCCAUUUCCAUGCAGCUCACUGACAUCAUUCCCCAGCCAGCACCCCAGCAAACACAGCCUGUCAUGAUCCCUCAGCAGACUAUCGUCCAACAACAACAGAUAGGGAUGGAUCGGCAGUCGCAGCAGCAAAUGGAGGCCCAGGUCACUCAGCUCGAACAACCAGUUUGUGCCACUAAGCCACCAACGGAACAUCAUCCACAGAGUCUUUCAGCUAUUGCUGUCCAGAAACAUCAACAUGAGCCUCAGCAGCAGAUCUAUGUACAGCAGCAUGUUCAUCCUGUCCACACAACUCCUCAGCAGCAAGUAUUACCAACACAACCAGGUAUGGAGCAGUGUGCUAUGUCAUUACCACAGCCAGGGGAGCAACCUCAGACUUACAAACAGCAACCAACAGGGGAUCCUCAUGAGCAGACCAUGAUACAACCACAUCUGCAACAACAGGUUCAGCAAACUCUUUUACAACAGCAACAACUGAUUGAACAACAUCAUACGUACGUCCAGCAACAGCUUGAUCAGCACCAACAAAAAGCACUGCUUCAACAGCAGCAACAACAACAGGCCCAACUACAACAACAUCAACUAGAGCAGCAGCAAGCACUUAUGCACAAGCAAUUGUUGGAUCAACAACAGCAGCAAGCUCUUAUUCAACAGCAACAAGAGCAGCAGCAACAGCAAGGUCUUGUACAACAACAACAACAGCAACAACAACAAGCCCUUUUACAACAUCAGUUAGAGCAACAACAGCCUCCUUUACAUCAACAGCAGCAGAGUCAGUUAUAUCAACAAAUUGGAAUGCAAAACGAACCAGAGAAGCUUCAGCAAAGUGGACAACACCAUCAACAAAUUGUAUUGCAGCAGCAACCCCAGCAGACACAACAGCAAAAGGAACAAUUGCAGCAGCAAGCCUUACUACGACAAAUAGAACAACAACAGCAACAAGCACUGAUACAACAGCAUCUGCAACAGCAGGCUAUUUUACAACACCAUCAGCUACAGCAGAAAGCUCAGCUAAAGCAACAGCAACAUGAGCAGCAACAAGUACAACUCAAACAGCAGAUAGAGCAGCAGCAGCAAGCUCUGUUGCAACAACAGUUCGAGCAACAGCGUCAGCAACAAUUCCUGUUACAACAACAACAAGCAGAGAGAUUUCAGCAACAAGCUCUAAUACAGCAACAAAUUCAAGAGCAGCAGCAGCAAGGAGCCAUCAUUCAACUUCAGCAAACUGAGAAGCAAGAGGCUGUCCCUAUUCCACAAAGUAACAGUGAGCAGCAGAUUCAGCAGCAACCAACUGAUAUACAGCAUGUGUGUACCCCAAAAGUAAACACCACUCAGUUCACACCUCAUACCACUCUCACACAGCAGCAAGCGAUGGAGCAAAAGCAGCAGACAGCAUUGAUCCAGCAGCAGCAAGCAUUUGUUGCCCAGACGCAGCAUCACAGCUCUGUGAUGGAACCUAUUAUCCCGGUUGGCGCUCCACCCGGCAAUGAGGUGAUUCAGCACCAAACUCAAAUUGUCUCACAGGCACAGGUCCCCAUGGCCGUUCAGACUACACACAUCCCUGUCCGGACACAGCAAGAACAAAGUGAGGCUCAUCCCCAGAACCAGGUCCCAGUCCAAGCUGCUCAGGCUGUGAUUGAGGCCCCAGGAACUCCUCCUGCGACUGUGAUCCAUGGACAUCCCCACAUCUUGCAGACCCAGCAAAUUCCUUUGAAAACUAGUUACCCAGGACCUGCCACUCUUACACAGAGCCAGGUAACUGCUCAGCCAUUAAUUCAGACUCAGCCUCUGCACCUGACAGUUGGUCAGUCCCAGGCACAACAUAGUCAAGGCCCAACUGUGGACAUUCAGAUGAUGGGCCAACAAAGCCUAGCUACUGUCCAGCCUCCAGCUGCAAUUAGCUCAAUCCCAAGUCAGAUCCAACAUGAGACUCUUGUUCAGCAAAAUGCACAAAUGCCAGGGCUCAUGCAUCCCCAGCUCCAGCAACAUACUCCAGGCCAGCCACCUUGUCAGAUGUAUGCUCAGACCACUGCUGGCCUUUUUCCCUCGCAGUAUGUCCCUCAGCCUACCCACCAAGCCAUGCCAUCUGUACAACAGGAUAUAACUCAUAUUACACAACAGCAGCAGCAACAAGAGCCAGUACUGCAAUAUCAGCAGACUGUUCUGUCUCCUAGCUCUGCUGGAAGUGGUGAAACUACAACAGAAAGUCUCAGUUCUACAGUUGACUCUGCAAACUUUGUUGCCACUCCUCAUCCUGUGCAGCAGACUGGGCCAGCCUAUGUUCCAGGCCAAACAACACUACAUCCAGUUCAGGCCCAGCAGAAGCCCCUAGGAGGCACUGCCGACCCUUCAGUUAUUCAGUCUAUCUCCCAGCCUCCUAUGCCUCAAUCUGCAGUGCAAUACCAGCAACAGCUACAACUUUCUCAAUCGCAGCAACCACUAGCUCCACCUUCUCUGCAGGCCCAGUUAUCGGCACAGCCCAUCCCAAGUCCUAUCCAGCAACCACUUUCUAUAAAGCAGGCUGUGAUAGCCCUCAAUGAGAGUCAGCGGCCCUCACAGUGCCCACCUGCUUCGCAUCUGGUGAUCCAUCCUUCUGCAAAGAUAGACCCCAGUAAUGUUGCAGAGCCUCAGUCCCAGAACAGGACUCUGCCCCUCUAUAGUCACCUAGUGGCAGGCGCCCCUCCGUCUCCGCAGCACCAAGCCAAGCAGAUGCUGCCAGCUCACGCACAAACCAGCUUUCAGGUCCAAACACACUCCCAAAUGCAUACACAGACACAACCUCAUUCUCAUACUGAGACACAAACUGAGACACCUACUGCUGAACAGCCUGUUCAACCCCAUGCUGUUUUUCCUGCACAACAAAUGCCCCUCUGCCCUUCUCAUACCUCAUGUCCCCCAACAUCACUACCAUUUCUCCCAAUCCUACCAUCCCGUCAUCCUGUUGCCCCUGUGCCAGAGCUGCCUACAUCUCCGCCAGAGGCCCAGGUAACCUUACCAAGGCAGGCCGACUUUAUACCCUCCUCCCCUCCGCCUGUCCCUACUCUACAAUUGCUUGAAUCUAAUGCCCCCAAACUGCCCCAAGCCUCGCUGCCAGACUGUGACCUUUCCCUGCUGGGCAUUGUUCAGGAUGGUCCGUACCUGUCAAGUACAGAACAUCAUUCAUUGUCAGGGUCUGUUCCAGCUAAUGGAGAAGAAACUCUUCAGCUCUUGGCCAAUGAGAAGUUUGAGAAGUUAAAGACUCAGAGACGAGCUUCCUGCCAGAGGCCUGAGAAAGUUUCACAUCAGUUUCAACUGAGUAUGCUCCAGGUGUCAGGCAGUGGGGACAAUAUGGUGGAAUGCCAGUUGGAAACCCAUACCAACAAGAUGGUGACAUUUAAAUUUGACAUUGAAGGGGAUGCACCAGAGGACAUAGCAGAUUACAUGGUGGAGGAGGACUUUGUCCUUGAUGUGGAGAAAGAGAAAUUUGUUGAACAGCUUAGAGCCAUAGUUAAGAAAGCUCAUGAAAUUCUUCAAACACAUUCACAAACUGGAUCAACUGACCAGUUGCAUGUGAGCACUCCCACUAGUUCUUCAAUAGACUCAGUGCCCCAUUCCUCCCCAGUGGGACGCUGGCGCUUCUUUAUCAACCAGACCAUCCGCCAUAGAGACUCUCUAUCCGGUCAGGGAGCAGGCACGCCCCCGCCUACUACAGAGAUGAGGAUACCUCAGUCUGCAACAGUGAGAGGUGAGCUCUACCCAGCUGUAGAAAGUGAAGGAUCACAGAGUCUGGAGUCCUUAACUGGAGUGGCUUCUCCCCUCUGCCACACCCUUUCUGCCACCUCCGCAUCAAUCUCCACCCCCUCAGCCACCACUGCUCUAGCUCCUCACACAACUGCCUCUGAAAGCAUCUCUGCACCAGCCUCCACUCUUGAAGCCUCUGCCCCUGUCACUGCUUCAAGUGGUCUUUAUCUGCCAGUCCUCACUUCAGCUUCUGUUGACCAAAUGUCCAGUGUUCCCUCAUCCAUAGCAAUACCUGUUGUUGCUACCCUCCCCAUCUUGUCUACUGCUCCUAUUGUUGUGUCUUCCACACCCACCUCCAUUCUCCAUGAUGUUCUCACUUCUCCUGGAAGCAGUGGUUGCUACAAUGUUGGUCAAAGUAUAGGGGAUACAAUGACUGCUCCAAGGUUAAAUAUGCCUGCAUUGGACCAGUCUUUAACCUCUAUUCAUUGCCCUCCGGCUGCUGCAGUGACCUCUUCUGUGGUAAGCCAACUUGACCUGGAGCAGCAGACACUCACUCAGGUGGCCAAGCCAGCCCCACAACAGACACAACAACAGCCACAGCUACAGGCAAUACAGCUUGAACAACAGGUACAGCAGAUGCAGCAGACAACGCCACAGCAACAUCAAGUGUACCAAGAAAAAAUUCAGCUGCAACAGGAACAAGCACUGCAACAGUCUCUUCAGCAGUUACAACAUCAGCAACUAAUGCAGCAACAAAUACCACUUCAACAACAGCUGACUGACGUGCAGGUUGUGCCUCUUUCGGGUCAUACAGAGUUGUUACAACAGUCUGUGCCUCUCCAGCAAUUUCUGCCUUCAAUGCCUGUACAACAGACCCAACAACCCCUUCUUCAACAGCAAACACCACAGUAUACCCCGCAGUUGCUGCAACAGCCUCAGUUACAACAGUUACCACAGCAUGUUAUGGCACCCCAAGCUGCUGCAGUGCCUCAGCAGCAGGCCCACAGUGAUCACCAACAGUUAAACCUAAAACAGACAAUACACUUACAGCAACAGCAGCUACAGCAUCAGCAACCUCAGCUGUGUAUGGGUGCUGUAGCUUUAAAUCCAGAUCAAAGCCAAAUGCUGUCCCUGUCAAAUAGUCAACAGUUUCUUCAACAACAGGCACAGCUAAAUGUUAGCGCUGUACUGCAACAGCAGAUUCCACAACAAACCCAAAUCCCUGCUGAGCUGCCACAACAACAUACACAGUCACAGAAACAGCUGCAACAUACUGAGCAGCAGCAAGACGUGGUUAAAGCCAUGGACACACCCAAAAAACAGCAGCAGUUUCUGCUGCAGAAGCAGUCUUCUUUACAGAUGUCAGAGGUGUCCACAGGAGAGACAAGUUUCACAGAGGACACAUGCAGCUACUCUACCCCUUUUCAACCUUCCUCUGACUCCUCUCUGCCGCCUCUCCAGCUAGGCAUCGCUGAAGGCCCCGUACCCGCUCUCCCCCUCACAAUGACACCAUCCCCUGCUCAGCCUUCCUCUGUGGCCGAGUCAGACAGUGAAGGCCCCCCCAAAAUUGAAUUUGUAGACAACCGCAUAAAGACAUUGGAUGAAAAGUUGAGGAACUUGUUGUAUCAGGAGUACAGCAGCGGGGCAGGGCUGACAGGUGGAACAUCUGGUCCUACAUCAAUUGCCUCCACAUCAGCAGGAGGAGAUGAGUCAUCUGAACCACAGUCACUCCACCACUUGUCUUUCAUCCCACCUGCCUCCUCCUCAGAUACUUCCCCUCACUCCUCAUCCUCCUCUUCCUCCUCCACCUCUUCCCGUUCCUCCUCAACCUCUCCUGACCCAGAGAGGGAUGGCAGAGGAGAGAAAGCUUCCUCAGAAGUGCCCAGCUUUGUGGAGAUGGGCCCGGUGGAACAACAGCCUGGCCCAUCUCUCCCCUCCACCUCUGCCACGUCCACGUCCACCCCGCCUACCUCUCUCCUGCUUCCCAAUGACGAUGAUUCUGCUGGUCCCCAGCGUCCACCUGUACCAGGAGAACCAACCAUUGUUGCUGUACCCCCACAUUCUGAUACCAGUACCACUGGAGACGCAUUGUGGCCCCCCAAUCAGCACCCGAUCCCCCUCCGGCAUGGACAGCAGAAGCACAAUGCAGGAGGUGGAUAUUUUGGCCUAAACCUGACAUGUCCUAGUAUCAGAAAUCCUGUUAGCAAGAAAUCCUGGACUCGCAAAUUCAAAAACUGGGCGUGCAAACUGCGCCACUCCGCCAGCUUGUUCAAGAAGCCCAGAGUCCAGCAAGAUGGGUGUUCCAGCAGACAGGCACUUAGAGAGGAGAAGGAGGCGCCACCCCUAAAUCCACCUCAUUCCCGCAAAGGAAGAUUUCAUGUAACUCCAGUUCCCCAGUCCUCUCCCCUAAAGGUUGUGUCAUCAGGCCAUGGUAGCACUCACAGGAAAGUUGGACGCUUCUCCGUAACCCAGGCUGAGACUAAGAAACAGGACAGGCAGACUGACAGCUCCCCGGUGUCUCCUGAUUUGGAGAGAGAAAGGAGGAGAUCUCGUGCAAAGGAGGGAGAGAAAGAUGAAAGUAAAAGGACCCCAGCAAUGGCUCACCUGCCUCGGGGUCAUGGGCACAGCCAUUCACCUCUGGACAGCAGUGAUGAUGAUGAUGAAGAUGAGUGUGAGCUAGAGGAUGAAGAUCUGAGAAAAGAACUACACAAGCUUAAAAAGAAGCACAUCAAAGAGGUGGUAUCCCUUCAGUCUCAGCAGAACAGAGAGCUGCAGGAGCUGUACAGACAGCUUCGUUCCCUCAAAGACCAAAGGCAGAGUCUGCCUGCCUCCCUGUCUCGAACCCCUCCUCUUCCCAUGGGACCUCCUGUACUCUCCCCUCGUAGGCCCAGGCCAGCCAAAAUCAGGAUCCGACCCCGGCCUCACUCUCACAUGGAUAACAAUGGAGUUACACACUCUGGGAUUCAGCAGUCAAGUAGUUUAUCAGGUGGUGAACAGAGAUUGCCUCUAUACUGUAACCCAGAACACUGCACUUCACUGCCUGCUAAAAGAGAUCACAGUCCUCUAAGAAAAAGCACAUUUACAGAUGAACUGCACAAACUCGUAGAUAAUUGGACGAAGGAGACGGUGGGUCCCGCCCCGCCCAAGCCAUCGCUGAAUCAAAUCAAGCAGAUUCAGCAGGUGCAGGAGUUGGGAGGCUGGAGCCAGCCAACAGAGGUGGCUCCAUCAGGUUGGUUUCCAGUGGCAUCACUGAACCCCCAGGCAACCCCGACCCCUGCCAGCUUGCCUGUGGCAGCCCCUUCCCAAUACCCAGGUGGAGGAAGCCUGUCCACCCUGCACUCUCCGGGACCACCACUGCAAACGCACAUGGCUCAAGUGCCACCAAUGCAGCAAAGUUUACACCUCCAUCAGUCUCACCCCCUCCAGCAGAUGACCUAUCAGCAGUCCCCACUCUGCCAGCAGAUACCACAGCCCCAGAUGCAAACUGCCAUACAGUCCCAGUCCCUACCACAGACACAACCCAUCACCCAGCUGCCCCACUCACCACCUCAAAGCCAACCACUACUGCCUUCCCAAAUGUCCACAUCUUCAGUGUCCACAGCUGUGUCAAUGCUGCCUGGCAGUGGCACCACUGCACCCACAGAUAGCACUGCUACUACUGGGGGGACAUUUUGCUCCUGUUCGUCACCCUCCUCAACCUCUUCCUCCUCUUGCUCUAAUGUUGCUCUACCUUCCAGUGCCAAAAUUCACCCAACACCCCCUACCUCUACUCUUCCUCUGGGACAGAAAUGAAACCAAGGUGAAGUGUGAGGUCUAUAUGAAGGUGCAAGAGAAGGAAAUACUAAGUGGAACAGGACGUAAAGCAGAUCCACUUUGAGUGUUAGUUCUGUGUAUGCAUGAGAUAGUUCCAAUGAGUAUUUGGAUUCCAGUGUACUGCUGGAUGAGAUAGAGGGAAUGUGAGAGAUGAUAAGAUGAGAGAUUCUAGUAUGUACAGAUGAGGGGUAAUAUGGAACACAGCAGUUGGGGUUCAUGAAUCAUGGAAUGUUUGGGUGUUGAGAUGUAUUAAUUCCUUAAUAUAUGAGUGUGGGUGAGUGUUUAUGGAUUAUCUGAGUACAUAUCCCUUGUGUUCUUUUACACAAUUAACAUUCAUGUUUUUGUUUUCAAACCUGCUUAGUUGGACCUGAACUCACGAAAUAUUUGACAAUGUGUUUAAUUUGUUAAUGCUUGAUACAGUGAAAGGACUAUCAAUUCUAAAAGUGCAAUUAGUAAUGGUCAUCUAAAUUGAUCAGCAUGUAUUGUAUGGAUUUGUCAGUAAUGCAUAACAUAUUUUUAUAAAAGCACAUUGAUGAAAACCAGAUGCAUAGAGGAUCUUUUCAUGAUUGUUACAUGAUCUUUUAAAACUGUAGGCCUACAGCACAAGGCAUUUCAAUGGGCAAUGAAAAAAAUUAAACAACAGCUAUUAUACAGCAGAGUAUGAUAGAGUUACCUGGCUACCAUCAUUACCACAAUGCAACUAAACACACUAUUGCAGUGUUGAGCUACAGCAUGUGCUUCAUUUGUAUUAUUUUAUGUUUAGCAGUUGUUACGUAAAACAGUCUGAAUUACCAUGAGUGAUGUGAUAUAAAUUCAGAUGAGUUCAUAAUAUGAUGGUAAAUUGAAAUAUGCCAUCUAGGUUCAGUCGAUACCUUGGUACAGUCAGCCCAAGACUGCAUGACCUUAUGACUAUCUUGACUUGCCCUUGCUGUAUAUUCAUGAACCUCACAUUUACUAUUUGCAGCCUACUGAGAAAAUUCAUCAGUCAUGAGUAAAUUUGCUUUCGGUAUGAAAUGCUUUAGCAUUUAACAUUUUUGUUUUCAGUUUGAGCUCCACAUAUCAAAGUAUAUCGCGGUGUCAUGCUGAGGAGGACAAUGGAAGAAAAAAACAAAAAACUGCCAAUUAACGAUGGACAGGGGAGAUGGGUUAUUCCCAUAUUGCCUUUUAAAAAUGACUAGAUUUUUUUGUGGUUGUGUGAGUGUAAAUUUUGUUCUGUGACAAAGCUUUGUUAUAGUCCCAUGGUAUUUUGCAUAUUGAUAUAUUCUUUCAUUCAAAGCGGCCUCUCAAAUGUCACUGUACCCAACUGAAAAUGUUUACUCUGCCUAUGUUUUGGGCUUGUUUCCUCAAGAAAAAAA